AUGAAUCCAGAUCAUCAUCAUCCAUUAAGUCCAACCAUGAUAUCCAAUUCGAUCAGCACCUCCACCACCCACUCUAACACUACUAAUCCUAAUCUGAAUCCUAAAUCGAAUAUCAUCAUUGAUUAUCCACCUCAAUCACCAUUACAAAACUUAUCAUUAACUAAUUCAACCAUCACUCUCUUACCACCUUCACCUAUCUCAACCACUUCACCUCCUUCAUCUAAUUCAAAUCAUUCAUCUCCUACUCAUUCUACUAAUUCAACCACCACUCAUCAUUCAAAAUCAAAACAGAACCCUAAUCAUCCUAUCAUCACCAAUCAAAACAUUCAUCAAGAUCCUCAACUCUUUAAUCAUUUCUCUAAACAAUGUAAGAAGAUGUUUUAUGAAGCUGAUCAAAACGCUACUAAAUCAGUCGAACAGAUCAUUAAACAAUUACCGGCGGCUUCUAAAGCUGCGUUUACAAAACAGAUGGCUUCAAUCAGAUCACAAUUUCAUAGAGAUGCAGCAAGUUCACGUAGAGCAGAAGUAGAUAAACUUUUACUUGAAACUUUACCUUCUUCUUUGAUCAUCAAGUCAGUUGGUAAUGAUUCAAGUUUAAGUGCAAUGAGAUCUCCUAGAGCAAGACAAGAGAGGAAAGAUCGAUUACAGAAAUUCAUUAUGGCUCAUUGUGUUCGUAAUAUGGUGGGGGUUCAUCCCUUUUUUAGUUCUCUCUGUGCCGUGCUUCAUUUGCUUAUUAUACCAGCUAGAAAGGGAGGUUCAGGAAAACGAAGGAUUGAAUGGGAUAUCGAUUUGGCUUUGUUUUGUGAAGCAGGAGGUGAACCGUUUUUGAGAGAUAGUAUUGAGUUUUUAAAAGGCGUACUUGGAUUUGAAGAUCAUUUGAAACCAUUGACGGCACCUUCGUUUGUUUCAUCAAGAUUGUUUGAUCCUGAUGAAGAUGAAGAUGUACCACCUGAUAUGAUCAUCGGACAUUCAGAUGGAGAUGAUGGAUUAACAUUAGAAGAAAGACAAGAGCUAGAAGUAGAUGAAGAGAUUGGAUUGACAUCUAUGGAAUCGAAAGAAGGCACCGGUCGAAUGACAGAUGAAGAUGAAGAAGGACCGUUUGCAGAUUUGUCUUCACCUUCAAUGGAAGAUGAAGAAUUCGUUAGAUCGGCCGGAAGUCGUAAAGGAAAAGAAGUUUUGUUUAGAAGAGGAACAGAAGGAGAAGGAGGACGAGAUCGAGCGAUCUCUGAUCCGUUUUCAGAUCCUAGUCCUACUAAUCAUAAUUCACCAAGGAUCACUGUUUCACCUGCAGUCGAAGAUACUAAUCCGACGGCCAUUGGAUUAGGAUUGAUUCAUCAUGGAUCAUCUGGAUCGACUACACCUAAAGCAUUACAUUCACCACAACUUAAUCCAUUACCUUUGAGUAAUGCUUCUACCUCAAGUAGUACACCGGUUCAUAAACGAUCACCUACUCAAAACUCAUUAGACGCACCACCUCCGACUGAGAUUCGAACGUUUAGAUCUCCCUCUUAUUUAAGUAAUCCAGAAAUCAAAGAAUUAAUCGAAUGUUUUCCCGAAUUUAUUAGAAUCAAAUGUAAAACGGCUAGAUUGAAUAUGAAUUUUGCAAAUCCAUCCAAAGGGAAGAAUGGAUCUGGAUCUGGAUCAGGUGGAGGAAAAGGAGGUGAAAUCGAGUUGGAAAAGAUGAGAAAGAUUGAAGGUCAUGGAUUGAUUAAGGUUUCGGUAUUUGAAAGAGAUGAGAAUUGGAAAGGUAGUCUGUUUGAAAGGUUUAGAUUAUUUUUCUUUAGAGUGUUUGGAAUUUAA